AUGCAGCCACCUAUCGAAGGGCGAUGCCUGAGAGCUCUCAUGAAGGUGGACCCAAGCCUGCUCUGCGAUCCAUUUUGGGCCCAUCCCUAUCUAAUGGAACAGAUUGCUCGGGCCCAGGAGCCUGCGGUUUGGGCUAUCCGCGAUCACGUCCGAGCCUUGGAGACAGAAGGAAAACCAGACGGCAGACCACAGCCUGACUACAGACGACUACACGACAUCGCACGGCAUGCUAUUCACGUCAAUGAAACAUUGGAUGCCACCAUGCAAAGUCUAGAAAGUCUGAUGACCGAGCACGAAUACUAUAAAAACUCGACGCCGGAGAAUAACACCAGUGCAUCCGAGGAUAUCCAUCGACGUCUACGAUUCUACCAAUCUUUCAUAGCCAAUUUGCGCUCUCGGUCAAUCUCGAACGAGAAGAGACUUCAAAAUGAAAUUCAGCUGGCUUUCAACACGGUAGCUCAGCAUGACUCGAGUAUCACUCUUGAAAUCGGUCGCGCAACUCAGUUGGACAGCGCAACCAUGAAGACAAUCGCGUUCGUUACUCUCACAUUCUUGCCUCCCACCUUUAUUUGCGCCAUUUUCAGUAUGUCUUUCUUCAACUACGGCCCAGAUACUGGCUGGAAUAUGUCGAGCAACUUUUGGAUCUAUUGGGUCUUCGCUAUACCCACCACUAUUAUCACGACUGUUCUGUGGACCUUUUGGCCAAAAUUUCGCGAUAUGAUUCUUCCAGAAACAGAACAAAAUUGA